UAACACCGCAAUUCCUCAGGCAGAAACAAACGCUGCGUUUCGUACGUAGUCUCUCACACUUCGCUCUGUUCAUUCUCGCAACUGUAUCUGCUCACUGCGCAUUCUCACUGAGAUGAGCAACCAGGCAGAAGAAGAUACAAUGGCCAAAGCCACAAUCGCAGCCGAGGACCUUUACCACAUUCGGGACGCGUAUUUUCCUGCAAACCUAGAUGAGAAAAUCUCCAAACUGCAAAAAGAGUCCGAUCUUGCUCUCAAGCUCCUCGAUUCCGUUCCUUCAGAACAAAGGAAAUCACCCAUGCAGCGUGCAACAUAUGAAUAUCUGAGAGGAAAGAUACUAGAUGUAUUUCCAGACUAUAGGAAAGAAGCAGAGGAUCAUCUCUCAAAAGCUGUUAAGUUGAAUCCAUCUCUUACAGAUGCUUGGCUAUGUUUAGGCAACUGCAUUUGGAAGAAGGGAGAUCUAUCUUCAGCAAAGAACUGCUUCACUCUUGCAUUAAGCAAGGGUCCUAACAAAAAAUUACUUUGUCAGUUGUCCAUGCUUGAAAGAAAAAUGGCUCAAGGAACUGAGAAUGAGGCAAAACUUGUCGAGGAAAGCAUUCAACAUGGCAGGGAAGCUAUUACUUUGGAUGUCAAGGAUGGGAACUCUUGGUACAACCUAGGAAAUGCGUGUCUUACAAGUUUUUUUGUGACUGGAGCUUGGGAUCAUAGCAAACUUCUGCAGUCUUUGAAAGCAUACCAAAAUGCUGAGAAAGAUGAAAGAAUGAAGCCCAAUCCAGACCUUUAUUUUAAUUGCGCCACUGUAAACAAAUAUCUAGAGAACUAUGAGAGGGCCCUUAGUGGAUUUGAAUCUGCUGCUUUAAAGGAUCCUGGUCUCAAUGCCACAGAUGAGGUUCAAAAGCUGGUUAACCUUCUUGACAAGUUGGAGAAUAUGUUGAGGGGACAUGCUAGAGCUAAACGACUAGCAUCUUUAGUAUCAUCGCUGGAUGCUGUUAAUUUGAAUUCCUCAUACAAAAGAGCCACUAUAGAUCUUCUGUCAGAAGGUUUAAACAAAGCAGUGGCAGUAGUUGGAAAAGUGCUAUUCUUCAUUAAGCAUGAGAGUAUCGCUCCCCUAUACUACCUGGUAUGUGAUUCAAAUCAAAUAUGCUUCAUUCUAUCGGUGUAUGGUAUACACAAUGAUGCGAUCAAAGAAGGUGAUCAGCUAACUCUAUUGGAACCUUGUUAUCGUUACAUUGAUUUUUCUUGGAAGGAAAAGCACUACCAGUUCAAAUCAAUCCGUGUCGAUUUCUUGGAACAAACUCUUGUGAAUGGGAAAGCCCCGGCUCCUCGCCACGCAAUCCGUACAUCAAUCUAUGCACAACAUAAACCAUGAACAGUCAAAUCAAGUCACUUGUGUACUUUGCCUGGGUUUUGGGUUUUUGUUUGCCCUCGUUGAUUUGUGCUGUAUCAUUUGUAAAUAAUAUAGGGAAAAAGAAGAAAGAGUAAAAUCUGAGAUACGUUUUUGCCCCCCCCCCCCCCCCCCCCC